AUGAACCCAAUUCUAUAAAUACACUUCCCGCCACUCGCGUCACCACAGUCAACAGUUAGUCUUUGGUGUUCUCAGGCAUUACAGAUUUCUCCCGUUGUUGUUGAAGACGCGCUAUUUCUUUCGUUGAAAAAUGGUGACUGUAGAGGUUGAAUAUUGUGGUUCCUGAGGGUACGAAGGCCGCUUUAGGGAGCUUUCCAGAGUUAUCGAGGAAAAAGUUCCCCAAGCGGAAAUCCAUGGCACCAUUGGCCGUAAAACAUCCUUCGAGGUGAAGGUUGAUGGUAACUUAAUCCAUUCCAAACUGGACAGCAAAAGCUUUCCAGAUUAUGAAGAGGUGGCCAGCAUCGUUUCUGAUGUGGCUGCUGGUGGAGAAUCUCGUCUUGUGACCAAAACCAAAUCAAGUACUUGUUCCAUUUUGUAAUUUAAGAUAAGGUGACGGGAGCAUUUGGGACCUUCACGUGUCAGAUGGGUCAUCUUUAGAGGCAGUGAUAAGGAAUUACUUAUGACUGUAUGGUUUAUUCUUUGUUAAAGUCAAUUUCAGGUUUUGAAGAUAAACUAUUGGAAGUCAGAACAAUGGCUUCCUACCUUCAACUUCGUAACAUGUGAUUUUUAAUGGUCAUUAAUGGUUUUCAUAUACUGUCAUUUUCUUUCUUUUAUAAAACAGGAUGAAAUUUAUUAAGCGAAAAGAUGUAAAACCCACUAGCCUCCUCCUAAAGGAUCUGUAAAUUUCUCAAAAACUUUUUUUAUUGGCCCUUGAAGUAUGAAGGGACUGGAUCAAACAUCUAGGGUGUGUUCAGUUCUUGAAGUUUUAAUAACAGGGGCUUUUAAAAAGAAUUCUGGGACUUUAUUGAUGACAUUUUGUGAUCAUAAAUGUUAAGAAUCUU